UGGACUCCCAUUCGGCGUAUGGACUUCCUGUCCUGCGCGGUGUCACCUCCUCUGUAGUCCGGCUCGCUUCGGUGGGGAUGCUGCAAGAGACGAUGGAGUUGAAGCCCCCAAUAAACACUCUAGUGUCGGCUGGAUUAUGAGAGAUGAAAGGCGGACGCCGAGCGGAAUAGGAAGUGAUACGGAAAAAUUACAGUAUUACAAAACAUUUUGAAGAUGAAGCUACUAAAGCCGAGUUGGGUGAGCCACAACGGCAAACCAAUUUUUUCUGUUGACAUUCACCCGGAUGGAACCAAAUUUGCAACCGGCGGGCAAGGGGAGGAUUCAGGGAAGGUUAUGAUCUGGAACAUGGCGCCUGUCCUCCGUGAGGAAGAUGAGAAGAAUGACAACAUUCCCAAAAUGCUUUGCCAAAUGGACAAUCAUUUAGCAUGUGUAAAUUGUGUGCGCUGGUCCAACAACGGGCUGUACCUGGCAUCCGGAGGGGACGACAAGCUGGUGAUGGUCUGGAAACGAGCCGCGUUUAUUGGUCCAAGCACAGUGUUUGGCUCGAGCAGCAAACUGGCAAACGUGGAGCAGUGGAGAUGUGUCACCAUCCUGAGAAACCACACUGGAGAUGUGAUGGACGUCUCUUGGUCUCCUCACGAUGUUUGGCUGGCGUCGUGCAGUGUCGACAAUACCAUUGUCAUAUGGAACGCGCGCAAAUUUCCCGAGAUGGUGACGUGUCUGCGGGGCCACACGGGCCUGGUCAAAGGUCUGACGUGGGACCCGGUGGGGAAGUACAUCGCUUCGCAAGCCGACGACCACAGCCUGAAGGUGUGGAGGACUCUGGACUGGCAGAUGGAGGCCAAUAUCACCAAGCCUUUCAGCGAGUGUGGCGGUACCACACAUGUCCUGCGUCUCUCGUGGUCCCCCGAUGGCCAGUACUUGGUGUCUGCGCACGCCAUGAACAACUCAGGACCCACAGCGCAAAUCGUAGAGCGGGACGGCUGGAAGACCAACAUGGACUUUGUGGGACACAGGAAAGCUGUCACAGUGGUGAAAUUCAACCCAAAGAUCUUCAAGAAGAAGCAGAAGAACGGCAGCUCUUCAAAGCCCAGUUGUCCGUACUGCUGCUGCGCAGUGGGCAGCAAGGACCGCUCACUCUCCGUCUGGCUGACCUCCCUUAAGCGCCCCCUGGUGGUCAUUCAUGAUCUGUUUGACAAAUCCAUCAUGGACAUUUCCUGGACUCUGACAGGUUUGGGUAUGUUGGUAUGUUCGAUGGACGGCACCGUGGCUUACCUGGACUUCUCCCUGGAUGAAUUAGGAGACCCGCUGAGCGAGGAGGAAAAGAACACCAUCCACCAGAACAUCUAUGGCAAGAGUCUGGCCAUCACCAGCACGCAGGAGCCCCAGCUGGCCACCACCAUUAUUGAGAACCCGGAGAUGCUCAAAUACCAGCAAGAGAGGCAAAGCUCGGCCCAGAACAACUGCGGAGUGCCUUGUGCAGACUCCUCGGCACCCAAGCUUAACAGCGUGAUGAACGGGGAGUCUCUCGAGGACAUUAGGAAGAAUCUGCUUAAGAAGCAGGUGGAGACUCGAACCGCUGACGGGAGAAGACGGAUCACCCCUCUGUGCAUCGCUCAGUUAGACACUGGGGACUUCUCCCCAGCGCUCUUCAACAGCGUUCCCAUCCUGCCGUCGUCUUUGUCCAACCAGCUACCCCCACAGCUAAGCACUGAGUCCAGUUCAGGGCAGGCAGCGGCAGCCCCCUCACUAGGGGGGCUGCGACCCAACAUGGACCCCACGCUCCCCCAGCCGGCACCUGCCAAUGCGGCCCCCAAAGGCCUCGAGGACACCAAGGACCAAGUUCUCCCAUCCAGUGUCAAGGCCGGUCUGCUCUUGACGUCCGCCUCCAAGAUAGAGCCCAUGAAAGCCUUGGAUUCCAGGUUCACUGAGAGGUCCAAGACCACGCCAGGCAUCCCCGCCGCCAUUUCUUCUACCGCUGGCCUGCUGCCGCUUGAGAGGCCCAAAGACGUUGUGGCGUCCGUCCUGAAAGAUGUGAAGGCCAAAGAGGACACGAGCAGCGACAGCGAGGACAAGAUGGCCGCCAUCAACAAGAACCUGGCCCUGUGCAAGCGCAAACCUGAGCCCCCGAUGAUGGAUGGCGCCGAAGUGGUGGAGAAGCGGAAGAAGGGGCGGCCCCGCAAGGAGAAGAUGGCACCGCCCAUCAUGAAUCAAUGUUUCACACAGAUAAUUUCUCCCCCUGAGCGUGAGCCCGUUAGGCCUGCGGCAGCGGCGGUGGUGACGGCGCCCACUCCCGCACCGGCGGCCAUUCUGACGCUGCCGACGCCCAGCUUGCAAAAGGCCUUCAGCAUGCAGGUGAGCAUGGAGCCGGCUGUCUUCCUGGAGGUAGAGAACGAGGUGACGUCCGCGGCUGGUUCCAGGCUCAGUCAGCUGCGAUGCUCCAGAGAUGGCCGUGAAUGGAACACACUGCUACCCAGCUCCGUGAUCGCCGCUGCGGGGAGCAGCGACAUCCUGGUCGUGGCGUGCCAGGACAGGACGUUGUCGGUCUUCUCGUCAUGCGGCCGCCGCCUCCUACCGUCCAUCAAGCUAGCCUCACCCGUGUCGGCCCUCAACUGCUCAGCCCACUUUGUUAUGGCACUGACUGCCGGUGCCACACUGUCUGUAUGGGACCUCCGUAAGCAGAAGGCCCUGGUCAAAAACGAGUCCCUUACUACCAUUUUGUCUGGUUCAGAGGUGAACGUCUCUCAAUCUCUGCUGACUCAGCAGGGUGUCCCCAUCAUCAGCCUGUCCAACGGCAAGUCCUUCUGCUUCAGCUUGUCUCUGGAGACAUGGACGCUGAUCGCCGAUCGAGGAGAUUGCUUGGUCCAAUGCGCUGAUUUCAGGAGCUGCCUUCCUACCCAGGAAGCAUCUGGUGCCUCAGGACCUCUGGCCACGUUGCAGGGACGCAACCUCAACGCCGGCCGCAUGGCGUCCCGUUUCUCGACCGCCCCGCACCACUUGCAACAGAGCAUGACUUUGGCCUUCUUGGAGAACCAGCUGGCGGCAGCUCUCACACUGCAGUCAGCAUCUGAAUAUCGCUACUGGCUGCUCAUAUACACACGCUUCCUCGUCAACGAAGGCUCUGAAUUUCGUCUGCGAGAACUUUGCAAGGACCUUCUGGGUCCCGUUCACAAAUCGUCUUCUACAGCAUGGGAGGCCACCACACUGGGUUUGCUCAAGCGGGAGUUGUUACGUGAAGUUCUGCCUGUCAUCGGAGAGAACCUGCGAUUCCAAAGACUGUUCACAGAGUAUCAGGACCAGCUAGAGCAGCUGCGCAACAAAUAACACGCACACACCCGCGUUUUGAGUUUGGCUCAGUUCUCAACUUGGACUUCCUACACGGAGCGAGGCCCCGCGGGCGUCGGCACAAUGCAAACAGGAGACAUCAGAGCUUGUCCUCUCGAAGAGCCACGCAAACAGGAGAUGUGGGAGCUCGUUGUCUUGUCUCAUCAGCGCUUGACUGGAACCUUCAUCUAGAACCUUCCUCCUCAUCUAUGCACCAGUCGCGAACGCAACAUGCUUGAACCAAAGCGAUGGCUUCAAAUGUACAAAAAAAGAGAAGUCCGCACUCCUGCCCAUCACAACCUUUCACAACCGCGAGCAAAAGUCUUUAAGAAAUUUUUUUUUUUUUCUCCCCUUUUCUGUCAACGAAUCGACUGAGCAGAACCUUUUGAAAAGUUGGCAGUCGUCGUUCACACCCCAGGAACACAUUCACACCUUACAACACCCAAAGGACUAGUCCAUACCUAGUGUGAACUCAUCCUUUCCAUGUCGAAAGCAGGCGUUUGUUUUCUCCAUAACCGUUGUAAUCUUAUCCGUACUGGGUAUGAGGCACAACAUCAACGGAUGUGUGAACGGAUCUGAACAACUUGGCAAUGCAUUAUGAGUCCGUGGGAAUGAUUUCAUACCAGAUAUAAAGGGAAUGUACCGGGUGUGAUCAUGUCAUGUCCAUAUCUGGUGUAAACGUGUCUAUACCAGAUUUGAACAAUUUCAUAACAGGUGUAAAUAUGUUUGUGAGUGAUGUGAAUGAUGCGUACUAAGUGGAAACAUCGGUAUGAUCUUGUCAGUCCAAGGUAUGGCGCCAUGUCCAUACAAGGUACGAUUGCGUCCACAACCGACGUGACCGGUUGAAUACCGACUCCAUAGCAGAUGUAAAAGGGUUUGUGCCACGUGUGAACAUCUCCGUACCAGGCAGAGAUGCGUCCAUAUCCCGAACUUAGCGAUUUUGUACAGAUGAGAACAUGUCUAUGAUCGGUGUGAAUGAUUUCUUGUUGGGUGGUUCCGUAAAACAAAUGGCGUCCAUAACCAGUGGCAUCUGAUCCAGACUGAGUGUGAAUCAUUUUAGUACCUGGUGUGGGCAUGUUUGCAGCAGACAGAAGGUUGGCCACACCAGGUUUGAAUUAUUUUAUAUCCGAUGUGAAUAUGUGUGUGCCGGAUGGGAAGGAUUCUGCAAGCGGAAAACAAUUUCAUACCUCACAAGAAUUUCUCCUUUAUAUGUGUGAAUUAUUUCUCAUGGCUAUGAAGCUCUUUGUAACUUGUCUGUAUCAAGUGUGAAUGAUUUUGUACCUGGUUUAAACAGGUCUGUACCAGAUUUAAAGUGUUCAGACAAGUGUGAAUGAUUCCAUACGUGAUGGGAGUGAUUGUCAGCGCUGCAAAUGAUUUCUUAGCAGGUCUUAACCUGUCCACACCAGGUGUAAACGCAUCUGUAACUUGUGAACUUGUCCAAACCAGGUAUGAAGGAUUUCACAAGUUAGGAGUUUUGUCCGUACCAGAUGUAAAGAGUCUGCACCAGGUGGGAUUGAUUCAGUAAGCGUGAACCUGUCCAUACGCAAUGUACUUACAUCUAACUCGUAUGAACUUGUCCUAAGCAGCAACAGUUCCAUACCAGGUGUGAAGAAUUUCAUACCUGAUAAUUAGAAUAAUUCCAAAACUAAACGUGAAAGAGUCCGGAUCACGUGUGUGUGUGUGAACGCGUCGACAACGAGGGGAAAUUCAUUCUUAUGUGGUGGGAGCUUGUCCAUAGACGAUGUGAAAGAUUUCAUACCUGGUAGAUUAGAUGCUAAGUGGUCCAUACUUCAUACUUUAAUCCUUCCCAAGUAUGAGCUGUUGAAUAUGGGCUGUGAAGCUGUUUGUGCCGGUUGUGAACUAUUUGACGUCAGGUGUGAAAGCGGAGUGACUUCUGUCUGAAGCCAAGGUCAAAUUAAAUCACUACGCAGCCUAAAGCGAUUUAAAAAAAAAUAUCACAAUGCUUUUAUUCUGAAAAGUCCAGUCAACUUCUGUCCGGCCUGUGUAUUUCAUUAAAUCAUGGUUAGAUGAAACAAAACUGCCGCUGACUGUCGAGCAGUCCGAGGUGUACCCCGUUUCUCGCCAAAAGUCUCACCUGCCACCCGAAUGAGGACAAGCGUGUGUGUGACAAGGUCUAAGAAAUGGACAAAUAAAAUAAGAGUGACAUGGCCUCCUGUUUUAGAGGAGGCAAGCCAUAA